CUAAUAUCAAUCGGGUAAUGCUGUAUAAUCACGAAUGAUUUAAGAGGAAAUGGUAAAAUAAAGAGAAAUAGGUACCAUUCAAGAUGGUAACUGGAGAAAACACUCAAGUCGUGCCCAUAGAGAAUGUGUGCGUGGCAGAUGAACAGAAGAUCCUGUGUGUGGUCCGUGACAUGGUGGAUGUCAAUUGCGCAGGCAUCAAACACACACUUAACCUGCCUGCAUCAACACCUGUGGCAAGACUUAUUUCGGACCUGGCAGAAAAAUUCUCUUAUUUAGCAGAAACAAUUUCAGUUCACUAUGAAAAACAAGUUGGAACAGAAAUAGAAGAGAUGCCUUUGGAGCACUUUCUGAACAGAACUGUAUCUGAUGUGUGUGUGGUAGGAGUGAGACGCCAUGACUUUACUAUUAACGAACGAGAAGGAAUUACUGCCCGUAAAGUGGAAGCUUCACAACCGCAACAGUGUGUAGCCACAUGUGCUACGGAAGCAGAAUCUGAGGUUGCAGGCUCUUCAGAGGUAGUGGCCUCCUCUUCAGGCUACUAUAGUGGUGGGGCCAGUGGCACUAGUUCGGGUGAUGUGUAUACAUUUUCAACCUAUUCAGACAGUUCCUACAGUUAUUCUGCCGCUCUCAUGAAGUCUGAUACAGGCUAUGUUGGACUUGUUAACCAAGCGAUGACCUGCUACCUCAACAGCCUUUUACAGACACUGUAUAUGACCCCAGAAUUCCGUAAUGCUUUGUACAGGUGGGAGUUUGAUGGAGCACAUGAAGAAUCAGAAAAGAAUAUUCCAUACCAGCUACAAAAGCUAUUUUUACAAUUACAAACUAGUCAAAAGCGUGCUGCUGAAACCACAGACUUAACCAAAAGUUUUGGUUGGGAUAGCAGUGAAGUUUGGCAACAACAUGACGUACAAGAGCUGUGUAGAGUGAUGUUUGAUGCUUUAGAACUAAAGUGGAGAAACACAAACCAAGCCAAUCUUAUUAACCAACUUUAUCAGGGAAAGAUGAAAGAUUACGUCAAGUGUUUGGAGUGUACUAAUGAGAGUGCCAGGGUUGACUCCUAUCUGGAUAUUCCACUUGUCAUCAGGCCGUUUGGGGCAACUACAGCCUAUGGUAGUGUGGAAGAGGCAUUAAAUGCAUUUGUUCAGCCAGAAACAUUAGAUGGAAGUAACCAGUACUUUUGUGAAAAGUGUAACAAAAAGUGUGAUGCUCAUAAGGGCCUCAAAUUCCUGUCCUUUCCAUACCUCCUUACACUGCAGUUAAAGCGUUUUGACUUUGACUACACUACAAUGCACAGAAUAAAACUCAAUGAUAGAAUGACUUUCCAGGAAGUGCUGAAUUUGAACCACAUGGUAGAAAACCCAGAAAAAGAUGAAGAGGACUUGAUACCAGCAGCAACAGGAGGGAAAGUGUCAGAUGGACCAUUGGAAGAUAGUAGUGAUGAAGCUAGAACUUGCGGCGUGUUCACAGGCAUUGAUGUAGGAGCCGAGAGUGAGCUGGGAUCUGUCCAAACACCAUCUGAUAACCAACAAAAUCUUUCAAGUGAGGCUGCUGCAAACACGAAAAAUGCCAAGGAGUCAGAGUGCACGGGUCCUUACGUGUACGAGCUGUUCUCCAUCAUGAUCCAUUCGGGCAGUGCAGCAGGUGGACACUACUACGCCUACAUCAAAUCAUUUGUAGACGGACAGUGGUACAGCUUUAAUGACCAGCAUGUUUCCAAGAUAGGAUAUGACGAGAUCACAAAGAUAUAUGGUGGUGCCUCUGUAUCCCGAGGCUAUUACUCAGCCACAUAUAGCAGUUCUACGAAUGCAUACAUGUUGAUGUAUCGUCAGAUCGAUAAACAGAGAAAUGCUGAUUUUGUUCAACCAGAUAAUUUCCCAGAUCAUAUUAGACAACAACUUCAACAUCUAAAGGAUAAAGAUGAAGCAGAACAACGCCAAAAAGAACUUGAUAAAUCUACAUGCAAGAUAAAGACAUUCUGCUACCAUCCAGUUUUAAAGAAGAAACAAGAACAGCGACUAGAAGUACACAAAGACAAAACAUUAGCCGAGGCCACAGAGAUGGUUUACCAUCUGUUUGAGUUAAGGAGUGCUCUACCAUUGGAUUGCUGUCGUCUUGUAAAGUAUGAUGAAUAUCAGGAUACAUUGGAACGCUCGUUUGAAGGGGAGGAGGAUGUUCCUAUAGGUCAACUCCUGGGAGGUGUCAAACAGACAUACAACUUCGAUCUUCUACUGGAGACCAAACGACCUGACCAGCAGUUUCACGAGUACAAACCUGGUGGAGUCACUGUGAAAGUGUUUGUAGUGGACAUGGAUUUAGAGGUCAUACAGGAGCCUAUCAGUGUUCGUGCCUAUAGCCCACAAACUGUUGCUGAAUUUAAGGACAUUGUUUCUGAGGUGUUGGAUGUACCUGUGACAAAUAUGAGAUGUGUUUUGGAGCGGUUUCACAAUGAUCUUCGUUAUCUGUGGAUGCCACACAAAACUCUCAAGGCUGAAGGUUUCUUCAAGAGUAAUAAGGUUUACAUUGAGUACUCUGGAUUGGAGGAUCCCAGUGCAGAUCAUUUUGUCAACAGUCGUUUCUACAAUCUGUUGGAUCGCCAUCAGAAUACUAUCCGGAUACACGUCAGCUUGCCAUCUGUUGCUGAGGUGACUGAGUUCAUAAAGAUAAGUCUGAGGCAUUCUCAUUUAAUGGAGAGGGCUGUGAAUUGUGGAACUGCCACCAAAAGCCUGGAGAACUUAACAGGUGAUGGGGUAACGCCCAAAUACACAGGAGGUCAUGACCCCCUGGACAUUGAUGAAGGAAUCAGUGAUCGUGGCAGUGAUAGUGAAGUAGACUUCAGGGUGAAAUCCCUCACUUUAAAACAGUCAAAAAGUGAUCCCUCCAUAUACCACAACAGUUGUCCAGUGGAUGAACAGUAUAUGCAGCCACAGCGAAGUCUCGCACCUGGUCAAACUCGAACACUUAGUCUAACAGAACCAGGGUCUGAAGCUCGGGCCUGUAGUCCCAUACUGGUACAAAAUAUAGAAACCGGGCCAAUCACAAGGCUUAGUCCAACAGUGUCUGAGGGUCGGACUAGUAGUCCGGUCAACGGGCAGAGCAAUAGUAGUCAGGACACCAGUACUAGUGCAGAAUUCAGUUUGAACACAAAUUUCAGUUCAGUAGCAGAGUUUGACUGUGGACGAGAAGCUGUAGAGCACAGUAACAGUGAUUCAGAGCAAGUAGAGCCUCCAUCACCAGGUGAACGCACCAUCAGUGAUAUAGACUUUAAAAAGGAAUCAGGUGAGGAUGUAUGUAGUGCCACAGAGAACUGGGAUGCAGAAACACUGGAUGUAACACCUUCGGAUGAAACACCAGAUGUGAUGGUCAUCAAUGAGGACAAUGUCAGGCGGUACUUCUUUGUGGUCAGUCAGGAGGAAGACAUGCUGUCCAGACAGAGACAUCUGACCGUGAGGGUGGACAAGAGAAUAACCUUGGGAGCAUUUAAAAAAGAACUAGAACCAUACGUUGAAACAACAGUAGAUAACUUUAAGGUGUACAGGGUUUAUUCUAAUAAUCAAGAGUUUGAGAGUAUACGGCUAUCAGAAACAAUGAGUUUCUUUGAAGAUGGAAAGCUAAAUAUCAAGCUUGGACGAGCUCUGAAGCCAGGAGAAUACAGAGUGAAAGUUUAUCAGCUGCAGAUCAAUGAAUCCGAGCCGAGUAAAUUUUUGAUUGAUACAAUAUUUGCCAAAGGAAUGUCGGUGCUGGAAUCCAAGAAGUUGAUUAUUCCAGAAAUUAAAGAACAAUGCAGUAUCGACCUUCCUCUUGACAGAUGUCGAUUGCGUAAAAAGACAUGGAAGAAUCCUGGGACUGUGUAUACUGAUUCCCAAGUAUACGAAGAUGAUUUACCUAUCUUUGCCAACUGGGAGGUCUUUUUACAAAUUCUUGAUGGCCCGGAGUUAAUGGUAUCUACUUCACAGUUGUCAAUCUUUGUUCGGAGAUGGAAACCAUCGGCCUAUGAAUUUGGUCCAUUUGAGGAGAUUAUACUAUGUCAGCAGACACUAGAGGAACUGAAGGAGAAGCUUUCCGAGGUCAGCGGGAUAGAUUUGGAGAAUGUGGAGUAUGCUAAGGGGCGUGGCACAUUCCCAUGUGAUAUAUCAUUACUAGAAGUGCACACAGACCUGGACUGGAACCCUUAUGUCACCACUCUCAACUCCUGGCCACUCUACAUCUGUGAUGAUGGCAAUGUCCUCUACUACAGAGACAAAACUGAGAAACUAAUGAAACUGUCAGAUGAGAGGAGAAAGGAAUUACAAAACAAAGAAAAUGCCAGGUUGUCAAGAGGUUGUGGAAAGAGCACCUAUUCACCACGAAAGGAAAAAGCCCUGAAAAUCUACACUGACGACCCUCCAGUCAAGCAGUCCCAGGAUUUGGAUUAAAGUCAGUUACACUCCAAUCCCGUACCUGGACUGAAGUGUGUUGUUAUACAGAUGACAAGGUGAUUCAAGGAUCUGGAAGUCCCAACAAAAUGCGGUUGUAAUUAUUAUACAAGUAACACAUUAGUUCCACGAUCAUGACUAAGUGUAUUGUUUCAAGCAUCACCCUAACUUCAGGAUUUAUACUGAAUAAGAUCAUAUAACACAACAGUACCAGCAGCUUAACUUUAGGUGCCAUGAGUACAAAUAAUUCCAGUAUCUAGACUUAAUUUUUAUUAUACAGGCAAACAUCCUGCCACUAUCAGGAUCUUUACUGAAAGGUGUUGCUAACUCAAACAACAUGUCAAUCCAAAGAUCUAGACGGAAAUGGUUAAUCUGUGAUGUGACAAUGAUAAAUUUCGGGUAAUUGUUUAAUAUUUCUGUAAAAUGAAUUUUCAAACUUAGGCUUAAAUGGAAAACUAUGAAACCCUGAAUAUUGAUGCCUUGUCAUUUGUUUGGAAGUUUCAAAGUUAUGGACAUUAGUGAAUGUGGACUUAGAAGUGACUGAAUGUGAAGGAGGAUUAUUGAAGACCUGUUUUAUAUAAUACAAACAUGUCUUCUACAUGAAACGUUUAGACAUCACUGUUCUCUCUGGCUUGUGUAUGUAUGUGAUGCUUGUGUAUAAGUGUAAAUGGACAGGUUGUAUUUCUAUUUUGUAGUGAAACACUAGUACCAGUAUGUCAGAUAUAUGAUGCUUAAGAUAUCGUUUGAGUGGCUGAAGUUAUUUCAUUUAUAUGUGUAUACAAUACAGAAGUGUGAUAAGAAACAAAUUUAAAAGUCUUUCAAAAGAUUGUAUAAUUAAUUUGUCAGAGUGUUGCAUAUUUACUGUUUAUUGCUAAUAGCUUCAUGGGAGAUGUGUCCUUACAUCAGCGUUUUACCUUCUUUUGUAUGGAAGUCUGUGAAAUGACCUGAGAAUGUGUACAAAGUCAUAUACAAGUAACUUCAUCAGGGAGCUAUUUAUUUCUAUAGUGAUUAUAUGUCUCAUACUAUUGUUUGUUCGGAAAGUAUUACCGAUGUGAAGUUUUUAAAUGGAUUUCAGAUACAUCAGAUUAAAAAUAAUAUUGUAAAAUAGACUUUAUAAAGGAGGUUAGGUGUCAACAUUAAUAUCUUGGUAAUAUUCUGUAAAUUUCAUUGAGAAUUUUAUAUGACCUGUGUUUCAAAGUGUAUUGCAUUGCAGUUUUUUACAUGUUGAAGAAAUAAAGUGAAAAAUUUCCCAAAAUUGAAUUUUUAUUGGUCUUACUCUUAUGCUUUCACAAAAGACCAAAGAUUUUGGAAUUACGGAAAGAGAUUUUGUUCUGAUGUGAAAGAGUCAAUGAAAAAAUGGAGAGAAUUUCACUUUUGACCUUAACUUUUUAAUGGGUUUCAUUUUCAUGUCAGGUUGAAACUAUGUUUGAAAUCAAAAUACUAGUUUACUAUUUUCAAGGAUAAUGCUUCAACUUGGAAAAAAAAUUAUACAAAUUUUACAGCAAAUACCUACUAUAGGAUAUUGGUAUUUCAGUGUGACAAAUUUUCAAUCCAUUGCCUGUGGACUAUGUCGGCACUGAUAUGGACACAACUGUUAUUAGUUUUUUUUUCUUGAUUUGAUGUUAAAAAAAUUUUAUCUGUUAAAUAUAUCCAAAAUUACUAAUGAUAAGCACUUAAUGUUUGUGGAGAUGUGAUAGUACAUGUGAAUCUUGUACAGAUUCUUUCCAGGUUAGCUACACAUGUGAAUGUGUAAAGGGACAUAGUUUAACAAUUCAUCAUAAAUCAGGUCUCAAGAAUUGAAUGUUCACUGGUAUCUAAUGUGUAAAUUAGUUUUGAAAUUACUUUUGAAUUAAAAAUGGCUUUCCAAGACAUUUGUGAGUGGACGAGUCCUGUAACUGAUAACUGGUUAAUACUGGUUUGUUUUGUCUGUUUAAUAGAAGUCUUUUAGAUAUAUAAAGUUAUCAUAAUGUAUACCAUUGUUAAAUGUAUUUUUUAAGAUUUAUGAUAAAAAAUAGUCUCAAUUCUAAGAUCUUAGAUUAUUUAAUUAUAAAAUGUGUUAACUAAAACCAUUGCGUCCAACUACAGAAAUAUACUACUCCUUCAUGUAGAAUAUUUGAAUGCAUGUUAAUAUUAAGAUCACUCUGUAAAAUUUAUGACAUAUAUUGCAGUUGUUGUUUCAAAGCAUUGACAGAUCCUCAGUUUAGGUUUUGUUACAUAACUACUUGGUUGAGGAUAAAAGAGAGGAUUUCAUUGGAUGAAAUUGUUUUUUGAAACAUAAAACAUUUAUGUAUUGGCUUGAAAACAUUCUUUGACAUUUGUAAACAAUGUGACAUCGAUCACAGCAAUCAUUUUCAUAUAUCAUACAUAUAUGAUAAUCUGUAAUGUCUAUUGUUGAGGUUUCUUUUCUAAAUUGUUUCCAUUGGUACAAAAAGUGAAUGUAAAUAUAUUCCAAUGUCAAGCUGAUACUGCUAGAAUGUUGUUGAUAUGUUGCUCAGUGUAAUCAACAAGAUAGAGACUGUCCAAACCAAGUGUGUGAUAGUGUCUACCAUCCUGGUCUGUUCAUCACCACUUUUCUUGGGUGACCUUUAUCAGUAGACAUUUUGUAUGAUCUAAUAGGAAUCCUUAAAGAAUUGUACUGAAUUUGUAUGACAGCUUCAUUUUCACGAAUUAUUGAUCUUCAAUCAAUUUUUCUUAUUUUAAGCUAAGGAAGAUUCGUGAAAUAGAAGCCCAGUUCAUUUCUCUUCACAUAGGCAGAUACAGAAAUACAGCACAUAUCGUCAGAUCAUCGAAUUAACAGUAUUUUCUUCUACAUUGUUUUCAUAAUUUCACAUGUAAAUAAGAUGUGAAGAAAAAUUCUGAGCAAAUACUACAGUGCAAUAAUUGCUUCUUUAGGUUCAACGUUGUGCGUGUCAUUUAUUUGAGUAGACACGAAUUGAUUGGGAUUAAAGAGAAUAUACAUUAAUGACUGGAUUGUAAUCAAUUUAAAAAGAAAAGUUAUUUGCCUGAAUGUAUGUAUUGCACCAAAAUAGAAGGUGUUAUGCUACCUGUGAUUCUGAAAGUACUGCAUAAGUAGAUAGUAUAUAAUAAAUAGGUUAUAAAAGACAGUAGAUUUAAAUAUCUUUAGCCGACCACCCUACAUGGAGACAUCCUUCAAGGAUAGUAUCAACUGCCUAGUUUUGUAUUCGUUGAUCUUGAUGUUCUAUAAGGAUAGCAGCGGUAGACAAAUGUAGUGUGGAUUGAUCAAAUAUAGCUAAUGGACAAUUGACUGGAUUUCUACAAUCCUGAUAAUCAAGGAUUUCUAAUUCUCUUGGUGUUUAUGUUAUCUUGUCAUUGUCUUCAAAUACAUGGAAAGAUGAUACCAUUAUUGAAUAUUUUUGAAAGUAGUAACAAAUAACAUUUAUUUGUCCUGUCCCUUAAUUAAUAGGUCAAAAGUUGUUUGAAUUUUAAGAUAAUGUAGAUAUUAGACUUGUAGGACUUGGAAAAUGGUAUUUUCCGUGUCACAGCUGAGUGAAUAUUAUUACCAGGUUCGAUGGUAGUGUUUUGAAGUGUUCUUCAACAUAAAUGUUGAAACAGGUGCUUUGCAAAUGCUUUUUGUAUAUUGAUUUUUUAAAAUCUUCUGUUCAUCAGAGUGCAAAAUACCGGUCAUGCUGAUUAAUGUGUUUCUGUAGAGAUUUAUGUAUAUGUACUGAUGGUAAACAAAUGUGGCGCUCAAAGUGUUACUGUAUGUGGUUAUUUUAUCACUUUCAUUUUAUGUAAUCCAAGUGCUGCAACAAAAUACACAAAAGUGCUCCAACAACAUUCAGAAUACAUUGAUUUUUCAAUAAAACCAUACAAUCAA